AUGCUUUCCCCUAACUUGCUUGUUGUGCAAAGUGAGAAGGUUAAUGCUGUAGACGUGGAAGGAGUUGAAGAGCAGGUGACCAAAGAGGUGGUAGUCAAAGAGGAUGGAGCAGAGGAGGAUGCAAGUGGAGCUGCUAAAAGCGUGGCUGAUCAGGUGGAUGCUGAAGAGGUUGCAGAUCAGGGGUCUCCUGCCGAUGUCCCUGAGCAUAUGAAGACUCCUUAA